AUGAGGAUAGUAGGGCUUACGGGAGGGAUUGGAUCAGGGAAGAGUACAGUGUCCAAUCUUUUCAAAGCUAACGGCAUUCCCGUUGUUGACGCCGAUCUCGUUGCCCGUGACGUUCUAAAGAAAGGCACUGGUGGUUGGAAAAAAGUAGUUGCAGCAUUCGGUCAGGAUAUCUUACAGCCUAAUGGAGAAGUUGAUAGGCCAAAGCUAGGCCAAAUUGUGUUUUCUGAUCCUGAUAAGCGUCAACUUCUCAAUAGGCUGUUGGCACCUUAUAUUUCAUCAGGUAUUUUUUGGGAAGUUUUGAAGCUGUGGAUGAAGGGCUGUAAGGUUAUUGUUCUUGAUAUCCCUUUAUUGUUCGAGGCCAAGAUGGACAAGUGGACAAAACCCAUCAUUGUUGUAUGGGUCGAUCCUGAAACACAGCUUCGGCGACUAAUGGCAAGAGACAGGACAUCAGUGGAAGAGGCUAAAAGCAGGAUAAAUGCUCAGAUGCCAUUAGAUGUGAAAAGGGCUAAGGCAGACAUAAUCAUUGGUAAUACUGGAUCACUAGAUGAUCUGAAUGAACAUUUUCAUAAGGUUUUAGUCCAAGUCAUGAAGCCCUUGACAUGGAAUGAGUUUGCACUCUCCAGACAAGGAGCUUUUGUGGCUUUUAUUUCGAUUUUUGUUGGUGUUAUUAUAUGCAGGAAAAUGUUAUAA